AACUAUAGUUCCUGCUGAUGCUGCACGGACCUAUUUGGCAGCGGCACCAGCGAACAGCGACAGGCAAGCCAUGGCUAAGAGUGAUGGAAGUGACUAUUUUAAAAAAACAAGCCUUUUUUGGGUCGUCUCCGUAAUUUUCGGACUGGUGUAUUUCACCUGCAUGGUGUUUUCUCCUGAAAAAAUACCAUUCCAUCUCCUCGGCCCCUUUGGGACCUUCUGCAAAUACCUUGUGGACAACUAUGCUGGCAUUAUGUACAAAGGGUGGUGGGCUACUGUGGCGAUCCAUGUCGUGGAGGGCUUGGUAUCAUUGAAACUGUGCAGAAAUAAAGGCAUCAACACGAAAACCAGCUGCUUGUGGUUCUGCCAGACUUUAGUGUUCGGCUUCGCUUCUCUCGGUCUGCUCAUCAAGUACAACCCCGACCGACCCAAACAGCGCUGAAGAUGACAUGAAGAGCGAGCGGAGAACAAUGUCUGUUUCUUUUCCUGGAGAUUGAAGUACCACAUUCAGUGUUUUCUAUCUUAAAUUAUGCUGUGAUUACUCACUGUAUGGUUUCUAAUGCAAACAGUAGACUAUCCAUUUAAUAAUAACAUAUACAGUAAAGCAGGCAUUUAGAAAGGUCUGCUAAAAAUUAAUGACAAGUUUUCAUACUUUCUUAAAAAGGAACUGCACUUUUUUUAAAUGUUGCCUACCAUUCACAAUCCUUAUGUGAGAUAAGCACACAUAUUUUACAAGGCAUUCUAAAUAGUAAGAAAAUGUGAUCAAAAGUCAGCAUACAGUGGAGCCUAUGGUAGUGGUUGUAUUCUGCUAAAAGGUGCUUAAAAACAUCCAAGUACCGCCAUUAAGGUUUUUAUACGCACUAAGUAUAUAUGAAAUGUAGUAACAGGCACGUUCAUGAUAAAACGGGAUGUUUAAAUAUUUUGAUGAUUUUAAGGAUGAGCCAACAAAUAUAAUAAAAUGUCACUUACUGUACAAUGUCUUCUGUCAUUAGUAUACUGACUUAAGAUGUUGAUCAAUUCCAGUUAAGAUGAAGAAUGACCAUAAUCCUUGCAACAAAAAAAAGGGGGGGGGGUGGAACCAAGCCUCUUUUUGUGUGUUUAUCGCCAUUUCUGGGUCUAAAUUGAAUGCCAAAAUUGACCGACUUGUUGGUUUAACGCCUUACUACUACUAUCGAGGUGAGAGGCAUUUAUGAUCGAAUAUAAACUUUCACAAGCUGCUAGCGUUCACCAGCUGAUGUCAAUAGAGCAGCAACAAGCUACCUAGCUCUCUGGGAUCAUAGCGCCGCUUAAAUACUUUGUGUUUGCCUAUAAUAACAAUAUCACUAAUACUUGGUUAAUUUUCCAGUCACAAAAUGUAAAUUGAGUAUUGUCAGAGCUUAUUUUUUUAUUUGUUGGGUUUUAUGGAAAAGGGUGGAGUGCCAUCUCCGGGUUGGGUAGGAGACCCUGGCCCAAGUGGAGGAGUUCAAGUACCUAGGAGUCUUGUUCACGAGUGGGGGAAGAGUGGAUCGUGAGAUCGACAUGCGGAUCGGUGCGGCGUCUUCAGUAUUGCGGAGGUUGUACUGAUCCCUUGUGGUGAAGAAGGAGCUGAGCCGGAAGGCAAAGCUCUCAAUUUACCGGUCGAUCUACGUUCCCAUCCUCACCUAUGGUCAUGAGCUUUGGGUCAUGGCCGAAAGGAUAAGAUCACGGGUACAAGCGGCGGAAAUGAGUUUCCUCCGCCGUGUGGCGGGGCUCUCCCUUACCCCUUACAGAUAGGGUGAGAAGCUCUGUCAUCCGGGAGGAGCUCAAAGUAAAGCCGCUGCUCCUCCACAUCGAGAGGAGCCAGAUGAGGUAGUUCGGGCAUCUGGUCAGGAUGCCACCCGAACGCCUCCCGAGGGAGGUGUUUAGGGCACGUCCAACCGGUAGGAGGCCACGGGGAAGACCCAGGACACGUUGGGAAGACUAUGUCUCCCGGCUGGCCUGGGAACGCCUCGGGAUCCCCUGGGAAGAGCUGGACAAAGUGGCUGGGAAGAGGGAAGUCUGGGCUUCCCUGCUUAGGCUGGUACCCCCGCAACCCGACCUCGGAUAAGCAGAAGAAGAUGGAUGGAUGGGUUUUAUGGGCGGAAUAGAGGACUUCCCAUUGACCCCAUUGUAAAUUGACUUUUAUUUAUGCUUUAAGCAUUAGAAUGCAUUUAAAAAAAAUACAUCCGUCUACCUGUAUCUCAUAAUGAUUGUGAACAAUAAGCAGAAUUCCACAAAAGUGCUGCUCCCCUUUAAUGUUUACAUUCUGUUUGGAGCUGCUGCCGCGGUGUUGUACUUUUAAAAACACUAACACUUAAUAAAGCUUUUACAGUAAAACAA